CUAGUGUAAACAAAAGUAAAUUAACAAUGUUUAUUAUGUUUAAACACGAGUUAGUGCUUAUGUGUUUUAUCUUAGCCGCGGUUUCCGCACAUCCAAAGGAUGUUGCUAUUACACCAACAACACAGAAGCCGGAGCUAAAGACAAGAUUCUUCGGGUUGGAAAAUAUUUUGGGUCAAAUAUUCCACGGGCCAGGAUAUCUCAAUCAGCAAAAUCCACAAGCACAAUUCAACAAUUGGCAACAAAUGCAAACGCCAAAUCAAGCGCAAUCAAAUUUAGAUCAGCAUCUUCAAUCGACACCGCUAUAUCCUCAGGGUGGGUUCUCACAAAAUAACUUUGGGAAUGGUCAAAACCAAUACCCAUCACCGGUACAAUUUCCAGAUCAACAGAAUAACCAACAGUUAAACCAAUACCCUUCCCAAUCAAACCCACAAUUUCCAGAUCAACAGAACAACCAACAGUUAAACCAAUACCCUUCCCAAUCAAACCCACAAAACUUUAACGGGAACAAUAUUGGACAGAACCAAAAUUUUAACACUGGCACUUUAGACGACAUUCCACUUCAGAAUGGAAUCAGCCAGUCCCGACCUGGCAAUUGGAAUCCUGGAAACCAAUUUCAAAAUCAAAAUCAGGGAAACCAACAGUUCCAGAAUCAAAAUGGAAACCAGAUGUCAUUUCAAAAUCAGAACCCACAAGGCGUUGAAGAUCAGAAUCCGGUGGCCAUAUUGGGAAAACCCGUUGCUAUUACUACUUCUGUCCCAGAUAGCAUUGUUUUCCAAGAUGGUUGCGAUACUCCCACGCAGAGACAAUGUGUGCAGGAUUGCCAAUCGAGCACAGAAUACAAGCCCGUGUGCGGAUCUAACAACGUAACGUACUUUAACCCGGGCCGGUUUAUUUGCGCUCGGAACUGCGGUGUUAAUGUUUUCGUACAACGGGACGGUAGAUGUAAAACAAGAUGACACCAUUAUGAAUAAAAUAAUUAU